UUCUCCUAAUUGGCUUUCCCCUCUUCUGUGCAGCCCUUUGGCUGCAAAGGCAAAGCACAAGCCCCUUGCCCAGUUUCACCUGAAUCCCUUCCCUACCCCCCGCUGCUCUCUUAAAAGUAACUCUGGUGCUUCUGGGGGUUAAUUGCCCCAGUUUUCUGCCCAGGAGAAUUAAAACUUCUCCCAAUCUCCUCUCUUCCCCACCUUACCUCCCUCACCCCCUCACAACCAACCUCCUGUUACCUGAGGAAAACUAUCUUUUCUCUCUAGCACAUGCAGUCUUCAAUUCUUCACUGAGCUAGCUUGCCCUAAGCCCAGCUCAGUCCACUCCAAAUUUUAUUGAUAACCUUCCCCACCCUUUUAUAUGAAAGAAAAGAUUUCCCACUGCCUAGGCAUUUGAGAAAAACCCAAUAAGCCUCUCCUGGGGAACUUUCUAACAAUUAGACCUUGAUCUCAAGGCCCUGACAGCCCAUCCUCAACAUUUUUUUUUCCCCCUAUGCCCCUGCCCCUACCAGUGCCACCAGGUCAAAAGCAAAAAGGAGACACUCUGAGCAAAGCUUAAGGUUGGGGUAGAGGUGGAGGGGCAAGAAAAUUUUUGCUGUUGUUGGGCUUUCCAGGUAGAGUUCAGAAGCAGUGACUCACAGUCGUCAGUCCUGGGGGCAAUUUAUUUGCUACUUGGAAGGGAGGUAAGAGGAGCCGGUGAGAACGAAGCCUCCCCCCAUAACACAGACACACUGUGGACCCCCUCAACCGAUCCCAUCCUCUGCAAAGACUCCGCCUGCCCCUCCCGGUCUCUCUGCUUCCACCGGGCACAUGCUGAUGCCCCUGAGUGGGCUGCCCUGGUGGUGGUGGUGGUACUGCUGUGCCUGGUACCGCUGUGGAUUGUGCUCCCCAGCUCCCCAGAUGCUGCGCCACCAGGGUCUCCUCAAGUGCCGCUGCCGCAUGCUCUUCAAUGACCUGAAGGUUCUCCUCCUGCGGCGGCCCCCUCCAGCGCCCCUGCCCAUGCACGGCGAACCCCAGCCCCCCGGCGUGGCAGCCAACAACACCCUUCCGGCUCUGGGUGCCGGGGGGUGGGCAGGCUGGAGGGGGCCUCGAGAAGGCGUGGGCAGGGAGACCCCUCCCCUGCCACCUCUGCCACCUUUGCCACCUUCAGUGGAAGAUGACUGGGGUGGCCCAGCCACAGAGCCACCUGCCUCGCUGCUCAGCAGUGCCUCUUCAGAUGACUUCUGUAAGGGAAAGGCUGAGGAUCGCUACUCACUGGGCAGCAGCCUGGACAGUGGCAUGAGAACCCCGCUCUGCCGCAUCUGCUUCCAGGGGCCGGAACAGGGGGAGCUGCUGAGCCCGUGCCGCUGCGACGGCUCGGUCAAGUGCACGCACCAGCCUUGCCUCAUCAAGUGGAUCAGCGAGCGGGGCUGCUGGAGCUGCGAGCUGUGCUACUACAAGUACCACGUCAUCGCCAUCAGCACAAAGAACCCUCUGCAGUGGCAGGCCAUCUCUCUGACAGUCAUUGAGAAGGUUCAGAUUGCGGCCGCCAUCCUGGGUUCCCUCUUCCUCAUCGCCAGUAUCUCUUGGCUCAUCUGGUCGACCUUCAGCCCCUCAGCAAAAUGGCAGCGCCAAGACCUCCUCUUCCAGAUCUGCUACGGGAUGUAUGGAUUCAUGGAUGUGGUGUGCAUAGGCCUCAUCAUUCAUGAGGGACCCUCCGUGUACCGCAUCUUUAAACGGUGGCAGGCUGUCAACCAGCAGUGGAAAGUGCUGAACUAUGACAAGACGAAAGACCUGGAGGAUCAAAAGGCAGGAGGCAGGACCAACCCCCGGACCUCCUCGUCCACCCAGGCCAACGCGCCCCCCUCCGAAGAGGAGGCUGCGGGCACCCCUGCCCCUGAGGAAGGCCCUGCCCGGGCGGCCGGCCACCCCUCAGGCCCUCUGUCCGAUCACCACUGUGCUUACACCAUCCUGCACAUCUUGAGUCACUUAAGACCUCAUGAACAGCGGAGCCCCCAGGGCGGCAGCCGAGAGCUGGUCAUGAGGGUCACGACGGUGUGAGAGGAGAGACCUGGGAGGGAGCUGUGACCACAC